GCCUAUUUAGAGUCAAUUAUUGAUUCCUAAUAAUUCUAACCUAUACGAGCUGACACAGUUUUGGUCUAAAAGAAUAAUAGUACAUUACGAAUAAUGGAGAACACGAGUAAGGUAACGCAAGAGUCCAACAUUUCAAAAGAGUCAGUUUCUGCCUGCCCGAUACAUAAAGUAAAUAAAGAACAGCCUAAGAAACCAAGCGAAUGUCCAGUUGCGCAUGAACAGUCCAAUAUUAAUCCGUUGAACAUGAUGCCUCCAGAAAAUCAAAAUCCAGCGCCAGAUCAGCCGUUUCCCUUGUCGAAGGAUAGGCAAAUAUCUUCGAUACCUAAGGCCAGCGAGGAAGGUGGAUUUUGGGUUUAUCCAUCGCCACAAAUGUUUUGGAAUGCGAUGCUUCGUAAAGGUUGGCGUUGGAAGGACGAGGAUAUCUCAUCAAAGGACAUGGACGACAUCAUCAAAAUUCAUAAUGCUAAUAACGAGCAAGCAUGGCUGGAGGUACUUAAGUGGGAGGCGUUGCACGCCAAAGAAUGCAGCACUCCAAAAUUAAAGAGUUUUGGAGGCAAAGCUAAAGAUUAUUCACCGCGUGCGAGAAUUCGUUAUUGGUUGGGUUAUGGUUUACCGUUCGAUCGACACGAUUGGGUAGUCGAUAGAUGCGGUACAAAUGUAAAAUAUGUAAUUGAUUACUACGACGGCGGACAAGUCGAUGAAAAGUAUAAGUUUGCAUUGCUGGAUGUUAGGCCGGCAUUGAAUUCGUGGCAAAACUUGUGGGAUCGUAUGAAAGUUGUGUGGUGGAGAUGGCGAUACGAAGGCAGCGAAACUUCUACUUAAAACCAUAUCUUUUCUCUGUAGAUAGAUGUAUAUAUGUGCUUAGUAUAUAAAAAGAAAACUUGAUUUCUGAAAUAAUUAAGCUUAUGAAAAUUGGUCAUAUUCAUAAUACCCGCUCGACUAGAUUUUUUAUUCAGUCGCACAACUGCUAAAAUAUAAUUUAAAGUAAUUUUAAAGUCUUGGAG